GAAGCAACCUACCACGCGGCCACCGAGGCUUCACAUUUAAUUUGAGUGAGGCGUGAACUGCAAACAACUAAACUCAUAGGUUCUUUUUGAAGAAAAAAAUUCGCAGUCCGAUAUUGUAUUGUAUCUGUUGUUAUUUGUGUAAUGUGUUUGACAAAUUUAACUUGUGUAUUUUAAACAUUGUACCGGUUUUAGUGCUUGUCAACUAAAACGACAUUAAAAUCGCAAGAUUAAUUUCUUAAUUCUUUAUUUCAAGUGAUUAUUUAACGUCAAAACUGGCGGGAACAGUCGGAUAUUACCCUACGAUGCAAGGGUAUGCGCAUGCGUCGGCUUCGUUUGUAAAAUACGAUUCCGCCAUGUCUAACAAGCAAGAACAAAGCAAUGAGAGUCAUCCUAGAACGCUCUACGUUGGUAAUCUUGAUCCUUCAGUGACAGAGGAAUUGAUUUUAGCACUCUUUGGACAAAUAGGCCCUGUUAAAGGAUGUAAAAUAAUACAAGAGCCUGGAAAUGACCCUUACUGCUUUGUGGAAUUUACAGAUCAUCAGGCAGCUGCAGCUGCUCUUUUAGCAAUGAACAAAAGAUUAUGUUUAGGAAAAGAAAUGAAAGUCAAUUGGGCAACUUCGCCCAGUAACACACCAAAACAAGAUACAAGUAAACACCACCAUAUUUUUGUUGGAGAUCUUAGUCCUGAAAUAGAAACUGCACAAUUACGAGAGGCCUUCGCAGUAUUCGGAGAAAUAUCCGAUUGUAGAGUUGUGCGAGAUCCACAGACGCUCAAGUCAAAGGGUUAUGGUUUUGUGUCAUUUGUGAAAAAAGCGGAUGCUGAAAAUGCAAUUAAUGUUAUGAAUGGUCAAUGGUUAGGAAGUAGGGCUAUUCGAACAAAUUGGGCAACGAGAAAACCGCCUGCAAAUAGAUCACAAAGUGAUUCUAUUGCCAAACUCCUUACAUUUGAUGAAGUUUAUAAUCAGUCAAGCCCAACAAAUUGUACUGUAUAUUGCGGGGGAAUAGCUCAAGGACUUACUGAUGAGUUAAUGCAAAAAACUUUUAGUGCUUUUGGACAAAUACAAGAAGUUAGAGUUUUUAAAGACAAAGGCUAUGCUUUUAUUCGAUUUGGUACAAAAGAAUCUGCUACCCAUGCCAUAGUAUCAACCCACAACACAGAAAUUAAUGGUCAGACAGUUAAAUGCUCUUGGGGUAAAGAAGCUGGAGAUCCAAAUAACCAACAGCAGCAACAGGACAAUCAUGAGGCUUUCCAAAGCAUAGCUGCACAAUAUACUUACCCUUACCAACAAAUGGGUUAUUGGUAUCCCCAAGGUUAUCCCCAAAUGCAAGCUGGCCAGUUUAUGCAAGGCAUGCAGUAUCCCUAUGGUCAAUACUAUGGACAGGGUUUUGGCCCAAUAAGAAGACGCGAUGAGCAACCUAAACAGGCUGCCACAGCUCCCUAUGCUAGAGGAGAUUUGACUACAGCGAAUAACAGCUCAGAGAAAACCAGCGAUUCUCAGGAAAUUUUAUUUCCUUAGGGGAGAAAAAAAGUCAAGUGAUUUGAAGAAACUGCCAACAUUAUAUGAUGUAGAUUGACUUUUUUGAAAUAGCAUUUACCUUUGCCGAGGCAUUCGACAUCCCCGACACCGAACGUGUUUCUUACAACUUUUGAUUUAUAUUCAGAUAUAUAUAAGCGUUCAUGAAAAAAAAAAUAUUAAUGUGUAUAUUUGUUACUGUCAACUCCUGUGAGAGAAAAAGGACUGAAAAGGAAUAUAAUAAAAAUAAAAAGCAAGCUACAUCAUAUAAUAAAUAUUAUAAAGAGUGGAAUCAUAUGCUCCAUAUCGCAGAAGAAAAAAAAAUAAAAAGUUGGAGAAACUAAGAUAUUUUAAUUUUAAUGUAAGAAAAAAAAUUUUUUCAUUGGUUUAAAAUGUAAAGCAAAUGUAGUUAUCUCAUACAUCAAUUCUGGCUCCUAGAUAUGAAUAAAAUUAAUGUAUCUGA